AUGAACACAGCAAGGGUACAUGUUUCGAUCAUAAUGCCUUGGAACUGUAUUCAAUGCGAUGUAACAAUAAGAUACGGAGACAUCGGAGAGAAUGAAUGCGAAAUCUUGGGAGAGUUAGAAUGUCUCGAGGGAGACGAUGGGGAGAAUUUGCAGCUGGAAAAUUGUUACUACCCAUGCCAAACCGAAUUCACAAGCUGGCAAAUAGAUGAUAUGGUUACGCAAAGGCUGAUUCGCAGUUGCGCUUCUAGCGAAAUGAAUAUUGACCCAGAUAUAUUCAAAAUCGAAAUUUCAACGUUCAACCAAAAUAAUUGCAACUACAAGAAUUCCGAAGACGCGUUCUUUGAAGAUACUGUGUGUUAUAAUGGCUCGGCCGAGACUAGUGUGCUGGAGUGUUAUCAGGGUCCGGUUGCGGAAGUUCGAUCCAAUUUGCCUCCCGACGAUUACCUCAACUACUUCAAGUACCACUACCACUACUUCCACAACGACCACCUCCACUACAACAUCAACUACGACAACCUUUACAACAACAACUUAUACUACAGCACCCCCAACGACGGACACAAAAACAUUAUUGACAACAUUUCCAAUAACAACAUUAACUACAAUACAUCCUCUCAAAACAACAACAACCCGUUUAAUGACAAGUCCAACCACGCUAAAACCAUCUACAAGCCAAGAAAUAACUACGCUGAGAUCAACAAUUUCUUCGACAGCAAACACAAAAACAACAGUUGCUGA